AUGGCUUCCGAAAACGACGCCGCCAUAACCGCCCUUGCCAACCUCUCUCUCCAGCAUGACCCUACACCCCUUUCCAACGCCGCUGAUGCCUUCGAAGCUCUCCGUGAGCUCCGGGACGAUGUGGAAAAAGAGAAGCUCAAAACCCAACUCAGCCGGCGGGAGCAGCGCACCGCUCUCCCACAUGCUGUCAUUCACUUCUUGGACCGCCGGGAGAAGAUCUUCAAGAAACACAAGCAAGUUCUUGCGGGGAAGAACAAAAGAUAUGCUGGGAUCAAGGUCGAGGAAGUCCAGAGUAUGUGGACGGACGUGGAGAACAGGUUGGGAUACUUGCUGAGGACGUGCCAGCAUGACGGAGUUCGAGAGGACCUGAUGCAGAUGCUCAAGGAUGCGUGCGAGCCGGGGUUCGCCUGGAGCGGGACAACAAAUCGACUACUAAACAGACCGACAAUACAACAUAAGCAAAGAUGCGGACCUUUCGCGGCGAAACCACCCCUGGCCACCAUCCAAAAAGUUGAUCAAAUAACCGACCGCAUACACGAGUUGUUGCUGCGCGUCGUGGACCUCCACUACGAAUUCAAGAAUGGCCUCGUACGUUCUGAGCGCGAAAAUGCUGGCAUACAGCUCAAAGCGCUUAGCGAAACCAUCAAGAAGGAUAUCGAGGAAGGUCGGGAUGCUGCUGCAGCGCUAAACGUGACUGAUGUUGCAGAAGUAUAUACUACCGCAGGGUAUACUCGAGACGAAGCGCUUGUCAAGGCGAAAGAGGAUUUGGCGGGGCUAACCGGGAGGAUGCGGAAGGUUGAGGAGAUAUUGGGGAGAAUGGUGGCGGAGGUGGUGUAUAACGUUUGA